AUGGUAAUGUGUGAAAAAUGUCAAAGGAAUUCAGCCGAGGUUGAAUUAACCGAGGAGGGAACCCAAAAAACCAGUCUACUUUAUGAAUGGCAAAAAAGUUUAACAAUUACCGAAAAAGAUGGUAAAAAGAUAAAAGUUUGCUCGGGGUGUAAAAACAAAGGAGGAGAUGGUAGUAAAAAGUGUGCCAACUGCCAGACCCUUAAAAAACCUAAUGAGUUAUUAACUAUCCAAGACCAGGGCAAAGAAAUUAAAAUCUGUGCUAAUUGUAAACAAAAAAGGGAUAAUGAGCCACCCCCAAGAGAGGAUAAUCAACUUCCUCCCAAAGGUUCGUGUGCUAAAUGUAAGAAAAGAUGCGAAAUGUUUGCCAAGAAUAGCCAAGAUUUAGGUAAGAAUAAUAUCCAUUGUCCGAAGUGUGGUAAGGAUUUGACUGGUAAGCGUUAUAGCAUAAUAAGCACAACACCCUUUGGAAAAUAUUCUGAUGAAAAAGAACCAUAUUCAAGGGUAAGUUGUGGUUCAGAUUGUCCUGCUGAAAAAGCCGAACGAGAAGCGAAAGCAAAAGAAAUCAGGGACAUUCAGGAAAAAUAUAAAUCUGCUACUGAUUUCCUUUCCCAGUUAAAGGAUAAGUUGCUUAACCCUCGUGAGGGAGCCACUGCUUACAAUUUACCUAAUAGUGAUAAGGCCUUUGUAAAGUAUUUAAGUAAGGAAGAUGCUCGACAAGCCAAAGAAAAAUUAACCCCUUUACUAACUGCUUCGGAAAAAGAAAAAGAUUUAGUUUUAGGAUUUAUUCACUGGCUAUCUUAUAAAGUAAAGUAUUGCGACCAAACUGGUUAUUAUGAUUUUGCGGAUAAUUUAACUGGGUUUUUAGCCGAAUGUGAUGAAGUGUUAGCGGACAAAGUGAUUAGCCAAGAACCCCAAAAACUUCAAAAAGUAGUAAAGGAAGAAAUAAGCAAUGAUUUUUUUAAUGCCACAGAGGAUAAACAAAAAACCGAACAAUUAGAAACUUGGCAAUGUCCUACUUGUAAGUUAGAAAUUACUAAUUCUGAACUAAACAACAAAAAUCACCAGUGCUUAAAAUGUUCUAAAUGUGGCAAAUAUUCCUCUUACAAUAAUCUUUCCUUACAUGAACUUUAUGAGUGUUCUGCUUCCCAAUCAAACCCUCUAAAUAAACCUACUCAACAAAUAAUUAACCAACAACUAACUCUACUUAAUCAAUUAGCUACUACCCUUAGCCAAUUAUCCUUAAACUUACAAGGAUUAGUAAAUAGUAUUAGCAAUAACCCUAACCUUAAUCCUCAACAAAAACAGCAAGCCCUCAGUGAUGUAAAUACUAAUCUUACUGAUUUACAAAAUAUUAAAAAGGAUAUUGAUGGAAAGUUGGAGAGGUUAAGGAGUUUUAAAAACCAAACCUCAAAUAAUCCUAAUAAACCUAAUGAAAAAGGAUUAAGUGGAGGAGUAAUUACCUUGAUAGUAGUUGGUGGAGUAGUAUUG